AUUCCCUCCAAUUUCUCUUUCUAAAAAAGUCCCCUCGAAAAGACCAAAUUUUUUUUCUUUUCUUUUGGUUUAGUGGUCUCUCUCUCUCUCUCUUCAUCGACCAAACCAAAACGCUUCUUCAACACUCUCGUCUUUUCUCUUCAAUGUCAGGUUUUGAAUGCCACAACAACAACAAGCCCUAGAACUAGGUGUGUGUCUGCGUUUGGGUGAAUAAACGAAAUAAUGACUAAAAUACCCUUGUGCUCCAUAUUUGCCGUUCUCUGCUUCUUCUCUUCCUCCUCCGCGGCCGAUCAACGUCUUCACUCUCGUCACUUACUUCAUCAACCCUUUUUUCCAGUCAUAACCGCCGCUCCACCGCCGUUUCAACAGCCCACUUCUUCCCAGCCUCCGUCUCCUUCCCCACACGCGCAUCACCACCACAAGAAACACCCCACGACGACUCCACCACCGCCUCCGCACGAGAAACACCUUUUCUCCGCCAUCGCUAACCCUCCACCUCCUCCGCCGUCCCCGCCGCACCCCAACCCUUUCUUCCCUUCUUCAGACCCAGCCUCUACGGCCUCUCACCCUCCUCCUGCACCUCCUCCUCCGGCCUCACUUCCUACUUUUCCCGCCAACAUCUCUUCUCUCCUCUUCCCAACUCAUCAGAGCCCUUCCAAACGUCACAGCAACAACAACUACAUCUCCAAGCUCGUCACCAUAACUGCCUCAGCUAUCUCCGCCGCGGCUCUCCUCUCUCUAUUCGCCGUCAUUAUCAUCUUCAUCCGUAGAACUCGCCAUCGUCGCCGCUCCUCCCCUGCAGAUGACACCAAAUCCACGAGAUCGGACGCUCUUCAGCUCUUCAACGCCUCUCCUUCCGACGGCUCUCUGAAACAAAAACAACAUCAACAACCACCCAAGUACACUUCCUCUCACACUUCCUCCGAGUUUCUCUACUUAGGUACUUUAGUAAACUCUCGAAGCGGUGGUUUAGAACAGCAAAAGUCUCCAAUCUCCAUGUCCGGCGGUGUCACCGGCGUACUGGAAUUACCUCCCCCAGCUUCGUCGUCUUCCUCUUCAUCUUACUCACAGUACCAAAAGCUAGGCUCGCCGGAGCUUCGUCCUCUUCCUCCUUUACCAAAGCUUCCAUCUUUCACUCCGACUUACAAAAGCACUGAACAGUUAAACCCUAAAAGACAAGACUUUGAUGGAGACGAUUACGAAAACGAUGAGUUUUUCUCUCCCAGAGGAUCUUCAGGGCGUAAGCAGAGCCCGACACGUGUCUGGGCUAGUAUUAUGAGGGACUCUGAUGUUGAUCAGAUUGGGAACAAGGGUAUCAGUGACUCCGGUUCGAAAUCGGCUUCGCCAGCUAAUUCCGCGUCGUCAUUGAAUGCUUCUCCGGGAACAAGCUUGAAAGCGAAGUCGAUGAGUCCUCCUCUCUCGCGGCACAGUCACAACAGCUUAAGCGACGGCGUUGGCAAGCGGCUUUGUCCAGCGAGGCCACCUCCACCUCCUCCUCCUCCGUCUCAUUCCUUGGAGAUUCCGGCUACCGUGUCGCUCUCGCCUCCUAUUCCGGCUACUAUGCCUCUCUCGCCUCCUGUUAGGGAUUCUGAUCCUGAUAGUGAUAAGAAAGAGGAGAUUUUGAAACCAAAGUUGAAGCCUUUACAUUGGGACAAAGUCAGAGCAAGCUCGAGCCGUGCUAUGGUGUGGGACCAAAUCAUAUCAAACUCAUUUCAAGUGAAUGAAGAAAUGAUAGAGACAUUGUUCAAGGUGAAUGAUCCAAGUUCAAGAACAAGAGACGCAGUUGUUCAAUCAACGAAUCAGGAAAAUCGGUUUCUUGAUCCAAGAAAAUCCCACAACAUUGCGAUUUUGCUGAGAGCUCUUAAUGUAACUGCAGACGAAGUAUGUGAAGCCCUUGUAGAAGGCAACUCGGAUACGCUUGGACCCGAGCUUCUCGAAUGCUUGCUUAAGAUGGCUCCUACCAAAGAAGAAGAGGACAAGCUUAAGGAGCUUAAAGACGAUGAUGAUGGAUCUCCUUCCAAAAUGGGACCUGCAGAGAAAUUCCUCAAAGCAUUGUUGAACAUUCCUUUCGCCUUCAAAAGGAUCGAUGCAAUGCUUUAUAUAGUCAACUCUGAAUCAGAAACCGAGUACCUUAAAAGAUCCUUUGACACCAUUGAGGCUGCUUGUGGUGAGUUAAAGAACACGCGGAUGUUCUUGAAGCUUUUAGAAGCAGUGCUCAAGACUGGGAACCGGAUGAAUAUAGGAACCAAUAGAGGUGACGCACAUGCUUUCAAGCUUGACACACUCUUAAAACUGGUAGAUAUCAAAGGCACGGAUGGGAAAACCACCUUAUUGCAUUUCGUGGUUCAAGAGAUCAUAAAAUUUGAAGGAGCUCGGGUUCCUUUUACUCCGACUCAAAGCCAUAUAGGCAAUAACAUGGCUGAACAAUCUGCAUUCCAAGACGACCUAGAGCUCAAGAAACUGGGGUUGCAAGUAGUUUCAGGUCUCAGCUCUCAGUUGAUAAACGUCAAGAAAGCAGCUGCCAUGGAUUCAAACUCCCUAAUCAACGAAACAGCAGAAAUAGCCAGCGGAAUAACGAAAGUCAAGGAAGUAAUCGCAGAGCUGAAGCAAGAAACCGGUGUAGAGAGAUUCUUGGAGUCAAUGAACUCGUUUUUGAACAAAGCUGAGAAAGAGAUCACAGAGAUACAAUCUCAGGGAGACAAUGUCAUGAAGAUGGUCAAAGAAGUAACAGAGUAUUUCCACGGGAACUCGGAAACUCAUCCUUUUCGCAUAUUCGCUGUGGUCAGAGACUUUCUGACAAUUCUUGAUCAAGUGUGUAAAGAAGUUGGUCGUGUAAACGAGAGAACGGUGUAUGGAUCCGUGCCACGACAUUCGCUCUCGAACCAGACCACCACGCCUCUGUUUCCGUUGGUUAACAGCAACAACUCACAGCUUAGUCCCUCGGGUUCUAUAGACGACGAGGAUGGCUCGUUUUAAGGGAAAACUGUUGGCUGCGGGUUUGGUUUGGGUGUAUGCAUUAGUCUUUGGUUUCAUUUGCUACGUACUAAAGAAACAUCUGUUAUAUAAAACAUAUUACUAUAUUUUUAUUGAUAGGCGGAUUUAUAAGGAAGAUUAAAUAGAUUUUGGCAGAUUGUUGCAAGUUGCUAUCAGCUAGCUCUGUAGUCUGUACGUUCGUUCCAGUCCUCUGUUCGAAUUAUGUAUGUCACGUGUACAUGUAUUUAUUGAACCAGCUAGAUAGAAGAACUGAAAUAAAGUCUUUGUGUAUUUUUCAA